AUGCAGGGAACAUGCUGCGGAUCGAUUCUCGUUGGGAACGACUUCGUCCAAGAUGAAGAGUUCUGGUUUGAAGACGGAAACAUCAUCUUGAUCGCUGGACGCACAAAGUUCAAGAUGUAUCAGGGCAUCCUCGCGAAGUGCUCUCCGGUGUUCAAAGCCAUGUUCACUCUGCCACAACCCGAAACGGACGACAGUGCAUGUCCUGAAGUUGAACUUUAUGAUCUCGCAGAGGACCUUCGCGAGUUCUUCCGCCUCAUCAUACCGAACGGAAUUGAAGAUGGAUCCAAAGACCCCAGCUAUGCGGCCAUCUCUGCCUGGGUUCUCAUCGGGCACAAGUACCGGAUCGAUUUCCUUCUGAACAAAGGGCUCAAAAUUCUCCGGAGCUGCUACUCGACCUCCUACUAUGUGUUCAUCGGCAAUCACGGACCCUUCUUUGACCCCGGCAGCUGCAUCAAUGUCGUCCAUCUCGCCCGCCUCACCGGCCACACUGGGAUGCUUCCCACCGCGCUCUACCACUGCGCAAUCCUGCCUCCUUCCUUGCUCGUCGGCGGUUUUCAAGCGCGCCCCGACCGCCCGGUCGAGCAGCUCUCCGAACGAGACCUCGCGCUCUGUAUCUCCGCACGCGACCUGUUCUCGCGGACGAACGCGAAGCGCGUCUUCAAGGCGCUGAUUGGCAAGGGUAUCAAGUCAUGCGGGCACGCCGAGUGCGUCGCAGCGCGGAAGAAGAUCGGAAAGCGGGCGGAGGAGCACCCGGACCUGGUGUAUGCGCCGACGGUGUUCAUGCCGUUCGAUCCGCCUUCGCCGUUCACCUACGAGAGCCCCACGGGUCUCCUCGGGAACGGGGUAUGCCACGAGUACGCUUGGGAACGGGACGAGGAUAUCACGGAGGACAUGUGGAAGAGGCUACCGGCGGUCCAGGACAAAGAGUUCUGGUUCGAAGACGGAAAUAUCGUCCUCAUCGCCGGAAAAACGAAGUUCAAGAUGUAUAAAGGCCUUUUGGCACAGCGAUCACCGGUGUUCGCCAACAUGUUCUCUUUCCCACAGCCCGCGGCUACGAACGUUAUCGGUGGUGAUGAAUGCCCCCGUGUCGAGCUCUACGACUCUCCUGAGGACCUUCGACAGCUCUUUCGCGCUCUCAUGUUCAACGGACAGAAAAUGGGUUUGAUCGGUGAUACGUUCACCUAUGCAGACAUAUCCGCGUUGAUCCUCACCGGACACAAGUACGAAAUCGACUUCCUCGUCAAGAUCGGCAUCGAAAAGCUUCGCUACUACUAUCCCACAAACUUCUACUUUUCCCUGAAGAUUCAAGACCCCCCUUUGCCGGAAGCGUGCAGUUGCAUCGCGGUCGUCAACAUCGCCCGCCUGACCGGAAACUCAUCCAUGCUCCCCUACGCCCUCUACCUCUGUGCAAAGUUGCCCGCGGACGACUUGGUUCGUGGUUUCAGCGCCCGUCCGGAUCGCCCACUUGAUCAGCUGUCCCCCACGGACCUGGCGCGCUGCAUCACCGCACGCACAAAACUCUCUAUGGAGAACAUGAAGCGGCUCCUUGCUUUGGUCCCUCGCAGUUCUUGCAAGGAGAUAGGAUGUCAAGGCUUUCGGGACCACGUGCGCCGACAGAUGGAUGAGGAGCCGGAGAGUGCGUUCUCACCUGCGGUGUUCGACCAUUGGCUGGAAUUCAUUCCCGACGACAAUAUGUGCGAGGAGUGCGCAGAUGAGGUAGAUUCAGGGGACAAAUAUUAUCGGGCUCAGCUAUGGGGGAGACUGCCCGAGCUGGUCGGCGUUCGGGAGGAGAUAUCAGAGUGGUACUGA